UAAAGUCUUCUGCUAUUGCUGUGUUUUGCUGGUGUCUCCGGCUUGGUUCAUCAGAGACGAGAAGAUCACUUUGGUGACAAUCAUAUAGUGAUAAGGUUUUUCAUUAUCAAUGACCCAAAGACUUUCCUCCAUCAAAGAGCAUACUGGGAAAAGAGAAACAAAAGAAAGAACAACAAGUGCAAAUACUGUUGUGUUCCCUCGUGUGAAAACCCUAAUUCUGGACGAGUUGCCAAAAUUUACUGGAUCGUCCUCCAGCAGGGAUGGUUUUCGUGGUGUUAAAUGGCUUGAGUUGGAUACGGUGGAAGUUUCUUCCUGUCCCAACAUUGGCGAGUCAAUGUUGGGAAAGGUGGACAGAUCUCUUUUGAAGAAAGUCACUGUGAAAAACUGCCGGCCAUGGGCAGGUGAAGAUCUCGAGAGCAACAUCGGUUAUCUCUCUGAGUUAACUGAUGAAAUCUCCAAAAUUGAAAAUUUAAGGAUCGAUGACUCGAAGGAGUUGCAGAAAUAUAUGAGAAUGGAGCUUCAUGAAUCAUCUUUCAGGCAACUGAAAACUGUAGAGGCCUUCCAUUGCGGCAAUGAGUUGAACGAGUUUUUGUCCAUUUUGCUUCGCCGGUCCAGUAAGCUUGAGCGCCUGACAGUGGAAUCGUGCGACCUGCUGGAACAGGUUUUCCAUCUCACAGGAAUUGUUGCUGAAGAAGGAAAUCUGAAAUUCCCCAAUUUGAAGACAAUGAGAUUGUGUUCGUUACGCAAUUUGAAGUGCAUAUGGAACAAGGAUCCAAGGAGGAUUGUGGAACUCGGCAAACUAGUUAAAUUAGAGAUAAUCGAUUGUGGGUUACGCCAGGGUCCACUUUCGAUUGCUUUACUGGAAAAACUUGUUCUUCUGGAGGAAUUGAAGAUAGAGUCAUGUAAGAUGCUGGAACAAGUCGUAGAGGACAACGAGGAAAUGCAGGAGAGAUCAUUUCAUGGUUUAAAGGAUCUUUAUCUUGCAGACCUCCCAGAGUUGAUCAAGUUCAGCUCAAGGAACUGCAAUGUCGGAUUUCCUAAUCUACUGAGAUUGACGAUAAAAAAGUGUCCAAAAUUGAUUGAAUUUACUGCCGGGCUUUUAAGCAACCAGAAAGGGACAUCUGGUGGCGUGCCGCAGAAAGAGAUGAUGCACGCAUGCCCUAAAUUGGAGAGGUUGAUCCUGGAAGGCCUAGAAUUGUUGAGCGUGGAAGUGGUUUCCUUGAGCAAAUUGAGUUAUAUGAGGAUUGCGGGGUCAAACAAGUUGAACAGACUGGUUGUAAGGAAUUGCAGUUCUCUUCGAAGCCUGGAACUGCCCACAAAAUGUUUGAAUCUGAAAGAGAUUGAAAUUUCUGACUGUAACAUUUUGGAAGAGAUUGCCACUGACCGUGUAGAAGGAGGAAAAACGGACCAGGAAACUUCCGGUCAUUUAGAAUCUAUUGUUCUUGAAAAUCUACCAAAGCUCUCAUUCUUGUCCUCGGAGACCUGUGAAUUUCCAUCACUCAAAAAACUGAGAAUAAUUAACUGUCCUGAGGUUGGGAAGAAAUUGUUAUCAGGGAACGUCUCUGCUAAAGCAGCGGACCACUCGUCGGACAAGGUAGUAAAUGUGUUCUUCAAAGAUAUUAUUUCAUGUGAUCUCUUCAUCGUACGUUGUGAUGUUGAUCACCCCAACGUUUAA